CUUGCUUUUAAGCAGAAGCGAUUAAUCUCUAAAAUUUGUUUCCUUCAUCAGGAGUUCAAGGUGUUCCUUCUGUGUUUUGCGGUCCUUGUUGUUGCCACAUCUGCAGCGUCUGUAUGUAAAUGUGAAGACAAAAAGGUACAAUUUAAAGUUGUGUCCUUUGAUUGGAGUACUUUAAUAUAACUGUUGGAAUUAUACAUUUACCGGCUUUUAGUUUACACCACAUUUUGUGGAACUCUCCGUAAAAAUGCCGAGACAUUUGGUACAAAAAAAGAAGUGGGAAAAGUUAUUAGUCAAAAUUAUGCAAAUUCAAGAAACUUCCAAUUGGUUUUGUACAAUCAAAGGCCAACUGAUGUCUCUCUUAUGUUGCAGCAAAGUGUGUCCAAAUACAAGGUGAAAGUAAAGGAUGGAGAUAAAGAGUUUGAAGAAGAAAUUGAAAUCGACACUAAGGAACAAACAGAAACCUAUCGCAUCCCAAAGACAAAUUCUGGGAACGCGGGAGAAGUCGAUGUUGUUUACGACUUUAAGAAGGUAAAAUACUUUGGUCAAGUCAAAGUGGGUGUGAAAUUUCAGUGAUUUUGAUUGAAAGUUUUCUCAACUCGAUUAAUUAUUCGCAUAAUUGCUUGCGUACUCUUUCGCUAAGCCAACUAUCUGUCUAUAUCGGUGUUGUAAUCUGACUUUACACCUGUUCGUUUUAUUCAUUGUUUCCCUUAAACUUUAUUGUGAAUGAUGACAUCACAGCAACAUUGUUUAUGUUUUCCUUUUGUUGUAGAACUUGACCAUGCAACGACUCUCUGCUGCAAAGGCCUGUUUUCUGAGUGAAAUCACUGAAAAUAUACCCAAACCUAGUGACCUCGUCAAGUUACUUGACCAGGUAAUUCAAGUGAGAUUCUUUUUCAUUAGGAUAUUUACGUUCCUACCGUGUUUUAAUAGGAAAUAGAAUUGAAAUUUAAGGUGGUAAAUUUGACUGUCGUUACGAAAAUGCGAAUGAUUAAGUUUUCAACUAGUAUUGAAAAUAUUUCGACAAGCUUGUGUUAAUCCGCACUUAAUGAGCUUAGCAACCGGGAAGUCCUAACCCCUUAUCAACUUUACUGGGAUAGACUUCUUUUUUUUUUUCAUAAACUUCUUGGAUGGCCGGGAACCAACUUUCCCCCUUAUUAAGUUUCUGAGUUUUCGAGUUGCAGGUAUUUUUCUCAAAAAUAAGGGCUUUUUAAUACAGGCGAUUAAACAUUUGAAAGUAGGGUAGGUUAAUGUUUACAGCGGAGCUUUCGUUUAGUAUACACUGAACAUCUUCUGUGCGUGAAGGUUACUAAAGACAUUUUAGGCUUGUCUUAUUCUUGUUACCCUUUCCAAAAGAACGCCACGACGACAAUCGUCAGAAAUGAGACGAACAGUGAAUACGACGUCGUUUCUACUGUCACUGACCGCUCGGACCUGAGUGAUGAAAUGGCUUCUAUGUGUGCCAAGCUGCCCAUUUAUCGCGUCAAAAAGACAACGCCGUUGACCCUAAGUGUUAAACGUAAGUGUUCCACUUUUAUUAGCUAG